AUGCCUGGAAGGGGGAGUAUCAGUCCCCAGCGGGGCAACACUGUUAUACUUACCAUCAUCGACCAAUUCUCCAAAGCCGCCCAUUUCAUUGCCCUUCCACAACUCCCCACUGCUCUCGAAACUGCCCAGCUCCUGGUUCAGCACGUCUUUCGUAUUCACGGCACUCCCAUCACUAUCGUUUCUGACCGCGGUCUACAAUUCCCCUCCCAUCCACCCCUAGGCUCCCAGCCCCCACUCCUAUCCUCUGCCGAAACUGAUAUAGCUGUCCCAUCUGUCCAUGCCCACAUCACUCUCUGUCAGGCCAUCUGGGAUGAGACCAGGGCCGCCUUGCUGCGCACGGCCGAUCAGAACAAGCGGCUCGCCGCAAGCAGCCAAAAGGAGCAUGCCCCAAACUCUCACCCCGUCCCCUCUGUCCGCCACCGGCUCCGCCUACUUCCUGUCCUGGAGGUGGAUGGUGGCCCUGCAUACACCGUCCGGCAGAUCCUGGAUGUCCGCCCUGGGGGCCGGGGUUUCCAAUAUCUGGUGGACUGGGACGGCUAUGGUCCAGAGGAGCGGUCCUGGAUUCCCCGUUCCUUCAUCCUCGAUGACUCCCUCCUUCACGAUUUCUACCGCACACACCCAGACAAGCCUGGGGGGCCCCGUCAUCUUCACCUCAACCCCGACCUAUCCAGGAGUGACCCCAGCGUCUGCAGCCCGAGUAAAAACAAAGGGGAAAAGCCCCCUGAUGUGACUGAGUCCAUUAAGAAAGGCUCAAAGAAGGUCUCAGUGAAAGACAAGAUGGGGUCAAAGGAUAAAAAAUCCAAAGGUGAAGACAAAAAAUCCAAGAACUCGGAGAAAGAGGAAGAACAAGCAGCUGGGGAUGAAGGCGAAGGGAAAAAGAAAAAGAAAGAAAAAAAGAAGAAAGGUUCAGAGAAGAAAGAUAGUGAUGAAGACACCAAGAAGACAAAAAACAAGAAGAAAAAGGCUGAAAAUUUUGUUGAAAUUUAUGAGAAUGAGUUACGUAACUAUCAGCCAGAAAGCGUGGAGAAUUACGAGGACGAGUAUCACAAAAAGAAAGUGUAUGAAGUGGUGACCAUAACUGGUGACGAGAGAGGAGCGGGCACUGACGCCAACGUGUUUGUCACGUUCUUCGGGGAGUAUGGCAAUACUCCCAAAGUCCACCUGGCUAGCAAGAGUCGCACAGCCUUCGAAAGGGCCAAAACUGAUGUGUUCAGAAUUAGAACUCACAACAUUGGACCUUUGAAAAAGAUAAGGAUUGAGCACGACAACACUGGCCUAAAUCCCAGCUGGUUCCUGGACAGAGUGGUGGUCACGGAUGUGAUUAGGCCUCACUUGAGGUUCUACUUUGCUUGUAACAACUGGCUCAGUAAGACAGAGGGAGAUGGCCUUUUUGUCAGAGACCUACUGGGCAGCAUGGACCCCAUGGACAUGCCCAAAUAUAACAAGUAUACAGUGAGUGUUUUCACGGGAGACGUAAAAGGCAGUGGGACAGACGCAGAUGUCUUCAUCAAUAUCUUUGGAGAAUUUGGAGACACAGGGGAGAGGCGACUUGACAGUGACAAAAAUAACUUUGAAAAAGGCACAGAAGACAAGUUCACCAUUGAUGCGCCAAACCUGGGUAAAAUUAGGAAGAUCACCAUUGGCCAUAAUAACAAAGGUUCCUCAGCAGGAUGGUUUGUGGACAAGGUGGCUGUGGAUGACCUGGGAAACAAAGUACUCUAUGAAUUCCCCAUCAACCGUUGGUUUGCCACUGAUGAGGAUGAUGGGAAGAUCCAGAGGGAUAUUUUGGUAGGAGGGUCUCAACCCACAGGGAUUGUGUACAAUGUCCAGAUUGUGACAGGAGACAUCCAUGGUGCUGGCACCAACUCCAAGAUCCACAUUGUGAUGCACGGCACAAAAGGCAUAAAAAACAGUGGCAAGGUGUUUUUGGAGGGAGGACACUUCGAGCAGGGCCGGACAGACAUCUUUAAUGUUGAGAUUGCUGCGCUUCUCAGUCCUCUCAGCAGAGUCACCAUUGGACAUGACAACGGAGGACUCAAUGCUGGGUGGUUCUGUGAGAAGGUGGUGGUGUAUUGUCCGUUCACUGGUAUAGAGCAGACCUUUCCAUGCAGUAAAUGGCUGGAUGAAGAUGAGGGAGAUGGGCUGAUAGAGAGAGAGCUCUAUGAGAUGGUCUCACUCAGGCAGAAGAGACAGAAAAAGCACCCCUGGUCCUUGUGGAUUUGGACGUCCGACCUGUCCAAUGCAGGAACGGACGCAGAAAUCUACUUCCAGGUAUACGGAGAGAAGGGCAAGUCAGACGAGAUCCAACUGGACAAUAAGACCGACAAUUUUGAACAGGGGCAGGUGGACAGGUUUAUGAUUGAACUGCCUGAUUUGGGAAAGCUGACUAAGCUCCGUAUCUGGCAUGAGAAGAGACAUCCUUUUACAGGAUGGCAUCUCAGCAAGGCUACUCUGCUGAAGACUUUAACAAAGGAAAAGUAUACGUUUCCUUGUGAGCGCUGGCUAGACACUAAUGAAGACGAUAACGAGGUCGUGAGGGAGCUACCUGCCACUGGAGAGCUAAUCGCUGAACCGAUGCCCUUGAUCAAAUACAGAGUAACAGUUUGCACAGGGUCUGUCAGUGGUGCCGGCACAGAUGCGUCAGUUUUUCUCAAUCUGAUUGGGGACCAGGGAGACACCGGAGAUCGACAGCUGGUCAACUGCAGUAACAACGUCAACAAGUUUGAGAAAGGAAAUUUGGAUGAGUUUAUAGUCGAGGCGGUGGCCAUUGGGCAGAUCCGCAGGGUGAGGAUUGGACACGACGGCAAAGGGGGAGGCUGCGGCUGGUUCGUUGAUAAAGUGAUUAUAAAGGAGGAGGGGCAGACGGAGACUAUUGAGUUCCCCUGCUACAGGUGGCUGGACCGCAAUGAGGAUGAUGGGCAGAUUGUCAGAGAGUUGGUGCCAUUUGCAGAUGGGCAACGUCUUUACAACAUUGACUAUCACAUCUCAGUGAAGACAGGCCACGUCUCUGGUAGCAGUACAGACUCUGACGUGUUUGUCAAGCUCUACGGUGAGAAAGGUGACACCAGUAAAACAAUGCUGCUGGUCUCUACCAACAACCUGGGAAACUACUUUGAGUCGGACCGCACUGACAUCUUCAAAGUGGAAACCCUUGAUAUUGGACAGAUCAACCGUCUUAUGAUUGGCCACACCAACAAAGGCAUGCGUGCUGGCUGGUUCUUGGACAGUGUUCAGAUCAUGGUUCCACUCCAUGGAAAGCAUUACAUGUUCCCCAGUCACCGCUGGCUUAGCAAAGAUGAGGCUGAUGGCAAGACGGAGGUGCAGAUUUACCCCAGCGAGAUCCUGGAUAUCGAACAGCUGAUCAACUAUGAAGUCACCUGUGUGACUGGAGAUGUUAUAUUUGCUGGCACUGGUGCCAAUGUGUUCACCCAGAUCUACGGGGACAAGGGGAAGACAGAGGUUAUCAUGCUUAAAAGCAGAUCCAGCAACUUUGAGCGGAACUCCACAGAGAUAUUCAAGAUAGAGGCCAAAGAUGUGGGGAAGAUCUUCAAGAUCCGCAUCGGUCACAAUGGCUCAGGGAUUGGAUCUGGCUGGUUCCUGGAGUCAGUGGAUGUCAAACACCUAAUCAUGACCUUAGUGCCCAAGGAGAAGAAGGAAGACAAGAAGAAGAAGAAGAAAAAGAAGAAAGAGGAGGAAGAUGAGAAGGAAGAAGGAGGAGAGGAGAUGCAGGAAGUGGUGCUGACUUACCAUUUCCCCUGUUCGCGCUGGCUGGCUGAGGGAGAGGAGGAUGGCGAGCUGGUGGUAGAGCUGCUGCCUGAGGAUGCAGGGGAGCUGGACGUCAACACCUAUGAAGUGUGCGUCUUCACUGGUGACAUGCUGGGAGCUGGGACCGAUGCCAAAGUCUUCAUUAACAUUUAUGGGGAAAAUGGAGACACUGGAGAGCGCUUUCUGAAGAACUCAGACAACCUGAACAAAUUUGAGCGAGGGCAGGAGGAUGUUUUCAUUGUGACAGCUGUUGAUCUGGGUCCUCUGAAAAAGCUACGAAUCCGUCAUGACAACACCCAUUCUCAUUCAUCUUGGUACCUGGAUCGUGUUGAGAUUGUGGACACAAAGGAUGACACAACGUACUAUUUUCCUUGUAACCGCUGGCUUGCAGUGGAUGAGGAUGAUGGACAGAUAGCAAGGGAGCUGGUGCCUGUGGACGAGGCUUUCAUGAGGAAGGAUGAAGAAGGGACAAGCGCCACCCUAGGGCUCGAGCAGAAAUCCAUGUCUACUACAUAUACUGUUAAAAUGAAAACUGGUGAAAAGAAGUAUGCUGGAACUGAUGCCAAUGUCUUUGCCGUCCUGUUUGGUGAAAAUGAUGACACAGGGAUCAUUAACCUAAAGGCUUGUAAGACUUAUAAGAAUAAGUUUGAACAGGGGCUGAUAAAUGAGUUCACUGUAGAGGCAGUCGACCUGGGCGACCUGGAAAAGAUUCGAAUUGGUCAUGACAACUCAGGGGUUUCGGCUGGUUGGUUCUUGGACUGGGUUGAGAUUGAUGCCCCCUCACAGGGUCAGAGACUAUGCUUUCCAUGUGGCCGCUGGUUGGCUAAAGGAGAGGAUGAUGGAGCAAUAGUGAGGAAUCUUUAUCCUGCUGAGCUACAAACUGAAUACUACACACCAUUUGUGCCUUAUGAGAUAAAGAUAUACACCAGUGAUGUGUUUUGUGCGGGAACAGACGCUGACGUGUUUAUAACCUUGUACGGACGUAAGGGAGUGUGCACACAGCAAAAACACCUGUGUGUCAACAAAAGAGAGAGACGCCUGUACUUUGAAAGGGGAGCUGAGGACAUGUUUAUUGUGGAGUUGGAGGAUGUAGGUGACGUUAUAGAGAAGAUCAGAAUAGGACAUGACAACAGGGGCACCAACCCAGGAUGGCACCUUGACCGAGUGGAGAUCAGGAGACAACUUCGGAAAGGAAAGGGGUCCGAGACGACCAUUUUCCCAUGUGAGCGCUGGCUGGCCAAAUCUGAAGAUGACGGGGAGACUGUGAGGGAGCUGGUCCCCUCCGACAUUAUCACACAGAAGCUGCUCAGGGAUGGGACGCUGAAAACGACUGAAACAGAGGUGGAGGAUGCUUUGGAGACUCACACGUACAAGGUGUCUGUGCGGACAGGUAAUAUGUACGGAGCAGGAACAGAUGCCAAUGUUUUCAUCACCAUCUACGGAGACCUGGGAGACACAGGGGAGCGGAAACUUGCCAAGUCUGAGAACAGCAAGAACAAGUUUGAGAGAGGAGGGGUGGACAAGUUUUCUAUCGAGGCUGUGGAUCUGGGGCAAGUGUUUAAGAUUCGUAUUCGUCAUGACAACUCCAUGUUGGGGGCUGACUGGUACCUGGACCAGGUGGAGGUGCUGGAUGUGGACACCGAAGAGGUGUACAUGUUUCUGUGUGAGCGCUGGCUGUCAAAAAAGAAAGAGGACAAAUGCAUAGAGAGGACCUUCUUUGUCAAGGGGUAUGAAGGUGACAGAAACACUGAUCCAAAUUUCAAGAAGAUGGCUCAGGCCAAACUGGGACUGGACAGAAAUGCCAACAAGAAGAAAAAGAAGAAAAAGGUGGCAGUGGUGGAAGAGGGUCCAAUCAUCCCCUACCAUUUCAGUGUUUCCACGGGGAUUGACCACGAUGCCAGCACCACAGCCAGGGUCUAUGUCAUUAUUAUGGGCCCUGGUGACAUUGAGACAGACCGACUGUGGCUGGACCUGCCAGAGGGAAAGAAAGCCUUCGAAGAAGGCUCCAUGAACCACUUUGUGUGUUAUGGAACUGACAUAGCAGAGAUCAAGAGGGUUGAACUCGGCCAUAAUGGAGUUACACCAGAGAGCUGCUGGUUGGUGGAUGAGCUGACGGUUGCCGUGCCAACCAAAGGUAUCAAGUACAUCUUUCCAUGUAAUUGCUGGAUGGCUAAAGACAGGGGAGAUGGUCUUACUGCCAGACUGUUCAACGUGCUCGACUCCAGCACGAUCAACAUUACCCGCAAAGUUGUUUAUUCGGUCACAGUUGUCACAGGUGACAUCCAGUAUGCAGGGACUGAUACCAACACUUUUAUCACUGUGUAUGGAGCCAACGGCAGCACAGAAGAAAUGCUACUGCCUAAAAAUGGAGAUAGGUUUGAAAGAGGCCAAGAAGACACAUUCAGCCUAGAAAUAGAUGACAUUGCUCCUCUGAAGAAGAUCCGAGUUCGGAUUGAUGGCAGUGGUAGUCGCCCUGACUGGUUUCUUGACAGGAUCCUGAUGCGGAAUCUGACCACAGAGGAAGUGUAUCUGUUCACUUAUGAGAAUUGGCUCUCAAAGACUAAAGGACCCAUGAGGACGAAGGUGUGUGAGCUGCCAGCUGUGGUGGAUGAGGAGGAGAUGAUGGAGAAAACAACCUACAUCAUCCAAGUCCAGACCAGUGAUGUGGGAGGUGCUGGGACUGAUGCCAACGUGUUUCUGAUUGUGUUUGGGGAAUUCGGAGACACUGGGAAGCUGCCUCUGAAGGAGAGCAACAACAGGAACAAGUUUGAGCGUAAAACAAAGGAUGUGUUCAGAUUUGCUGACAUCCUCAGUUUGGGUGAACUGUCCAAGGUCCGAGUGUGGCAUGAUAACAAAGGCCCUGCUCCUGGUUGGCACCUGGACUACAUCGAUGUGAAAGAUGAGGCUAUGGAUCAGACAUUUAGGUUCCCCUGUGACCGCUGGUUGGCUAAAAACGAAGAUGAUGGGCAGAUAAUGAGGGAGCUGGCCUGUGCCAACAACAACUCUGUAGACCUCAGUGACAAAACCAAAUAUGAAAUUGCCAUAACGACUGCUAACACGGAUGACGCCUCCACCACAGAAAAUGCCUGGAUCGUGUUGGAAGGAAGGAAAGCCCGUUCCAAGGAGUUUGUUCUGGAGAAUAAGAAAAAGAAGUUCUUAAGUGGUGCCACUGACACGUUUGAGUUCUCAUCCAAGCACGUGGGGGAGAUUGCCGGAAUCUGCCUUGGCCACAUAACGAAAGAUGGCAAAAAAGUGAAGAAGGAUGCUUUCUGGCAUGUUAUGGAGGUGGUGGUGACAGAACAAGAGAUGGGAAACAAGUAUUUCUUCCACUGUGAUGCACAAAUCCCCCUGGCAGCCAAAAAGGACCAGUUCCUGACAUUUGAGUGCUAUAAGUCCAUCGAGAGCUUUGCGAGCAAAAUCCGCAACCUGGUUCCUGUCAAGUAUGAAAUCCUUGUCAUCACUGGGGACGUCAAAGGAGCCGGCACUGAUGCCAACGUUUUCAUCACCAUCUACGGCGUGAACGGUGACUCAGGCAAGCGUCAGCUGAGGCAGAAGUUCCGCAACCUUUUUGAGCGAGGGCGAACGGACCGCUUUGUUCUGGAGAUGCUGGACCUCGGGGAGCUGCUGAGGGUCAGAGUUGAGCAUGACAACAGCGGAACAAAUGGUGGGUGGUUUUUAGAGUUCAUUGAGGUGACCAACACAGCCAACUCAGUCACAACCAUCUUCCAGUGCGGAAAGUGGCUGGACACUCGAAAGGCUGACAUGCAGAUUCAGCGAGUGCUUUACCCCAAAUAUUAGGAGGAGGACGUAUAAAAUGUGUUAGCAAUUCCUUCAAGACUUUGUCACUUUUUUACUCUCAGAUGAGCUUUGCAAGAGGAAAAGAAAUGAAAUUAACAGACAAGGGAGGUCACUUCAUGUCAACUUUUGAAGGAUAACACUACUGUUUAUUUUAAAGUUUGUGCCAACUCUUUAGGUUGCCCCUCUUGUAGCAUCAGAAACUACCUUUUGCUACCAUCUUUUCUUGUACAGUUUGAAAAAUAAGGAGACCUGAAUACAGAAGAUCCAGCAAAAUAGACAUGCAAACUUAAUUUCUUUCAUUUCUUUCCUUGUUUUGCUUAUUUGAUUGCCUGUUAAGUAUUUUUGUACACACAAUUUUACGUUCUGCUUAUCAUGAAUUACAUGACACCUCAGGUGGCAAAAAAAGUCCCAAAAAUUCCAUCUAUGGCUGCACAGAACCAGAAAACAUAUUUUAGAAAACUGUGAAUGCUAUAUUUUGCACCUCUGAGCCACUGUAGUUUUUACUUGGAGCAUUUGAGUUUGCUGUGAGGGCAAUCUAAUUCACAUUUGAACUGUAAAUAUUUGAAUUUUAAUUGGCUAGGAUAAAUCUAAACCUGAAGUAAAUUGGCUUUAAUGUGAAAUGAAAUGGGACGAGUAUUCUCCCAGAACCUUUCAGGCAUUUUGACACAAAUGCUG